AUGGGACGUCCUGAAGCAGAUUCUUCCCCAUAUGAAACUGAUCAACCUCAAGAAUACCAAUAUGAACAUACAUUACAAGGCACACAAACUCAAGAUGAUUUCUCCUCACCUACCUAUGAAACUAACUAUCAUGAUUCAACCCAACAAGACCAAUACCAAUCCCAGUACGUGGACACAUCCGCAAAUAACCCACAACAACAGCAGCAACCGCAGCAACAACCACCACCACCACCUCAGCAGCAGCAGUACCCCCCACCACAAGCUAACCAGGGUUAUGGGGGCCAACCAGCCCAUCCUUCACAGUUCCCACAAGCCAAUCCGAUGUACUCUAAUGGACCUGCACCAUAUCCACCGCAAGGUCCACAAACAAAUCCAACUCAGCCGGCGCCAUACCCACCACAGGGACAACAAACAUUUCAAACUCAGCCCGUCCAGUUUCCACCUCCGAGCCCGAUGAAGGCAGCAGCAUACCCACCGCAAGGUCCACAAAUAUUUCCAAAUCAGCCUGCUCAGUUCCCACCACAAAGCCAACAAAGUAACCCAACGUAUCAAAAUGGGUCAAAUCAGCCUGCAAAUUUCCCACAACAAAUGCCCCAGGCCUUUCCUCCAAAUGCUACACCACAAGGCUUUCAAAAUCCUUACCAGGCUGCUCAGUCUGAGCCUCAGGUAGUACAAUUCCCUCCCAAAAGUCCUGUUAAUGGAAUUCCAAUGCAAAUGAAUCAACAACAGGGGACUUGGACAACUGGGAUAUUUGACUGCAUGGAGGAUCCAACAAAUGCUCUCCAAACAGCUUUGUUUCCUUGCGUGACAUACGGUCAGAUCGCAGAAAUUGUUGACAAUGGCCAGACAACAUGUGCAACAAAUGGAAUGAUCUAUGGUAUGGUGGGGUUCUGCAUUGGCAUGCCGUGCCUAGUAUCUUGCGGUAACCGCUCCAAGCUUAGAGCCAAGUAUGGACUCAUGGAGGACCCAGCACCAGACAGCCUCACUCACUGCCUUUUUGAAUGUUGUGCUCUUUGUCAAGAAUAUAGAGAGCUUAAUAACAGAGGCCUGGAUCCUUCCAUUGGAUGGCAGGGAAAUGUAGCAAGGCAGAGUAUGCAGCAGGCUCAGGUUGGUAUGGUGCCUCCGAUGAACCAAAAAAUGAUGCCCUGA